AUUUAUCGCGACGGCCGACCUUCCUGCCACUGUUCUCGUACUUCAGUUUGGCGCUCAUCUCUACUCCGCAUUCGGAGCGGCUGUAGUGGGCGCGCGUACAACAGCUGGUGGCAGUCUCACAGCUGAUCCUGAGCCGACAGGUUGUGCGCUUAAACGACCUUGAAAUCCGCCGGCUCCAGAUCGCUUAUAGCUGCGCUUGGCCGUCGAAGAGCGAAGAUGUCUGUGUCGGCGGCCUCCAUCCGACGCUCCAACCUGGGCGAGGGACCACACUGGGACUCUACGUCCAAGACGCUCCUCUAUGUUGACGCCCCCGUGGGAGACCUGUGCCGGCUGGACGUCAACACGCGGGAUACGUCGGGCAUCCACUUCGACGGACUGGUCACCAUCGCUAUUCCAUACAAGUCCAACCCGAAUUUGAACGUCAUCACGCUGAACAGAGAAAUCCGCAAGUUUGACUGGACCACAUCUCAGUCCGAAGUGCUCACAGAGGUGGACAGCGACAAGCCGACAAACAAAUUCAAUGACGGAAAGUGUGACGUCACCGGUCGGCUCUGGGCAGGAACCACCGGUGAGCACAAGGACGAACACGUGAUCGAUAAGGAGAACGGUUCGCUCUUCAGCAUCGACCCGGCCACGCUGAAUGUGACCAGCCACGUGACCAAGGUGAACCUUUCCAACGGCAUGACCUGGUCACCGGACAAUCGAAGCAUGUUCUACGUCGACUCGUUCACACGUAGCGUGUACUCGUUCAGCUUCGACGCCACCAGUGGGCAGCUGUCAAACAGGCAGGUCUUGGUGGACUUCAACGCAAAGGAAGAGUACAAAGACUGUGGAUACCCCGACGGAAUGACUGUAGACACUAACGGCAAGUUGUGGCUUGCCUGUUACGCGGCGGGGAGAGUCAUCAACAUCGAUCCCGAAACAGGAAAGCUGCUCCAGAGCGUUCUGCUUCCGGUGUCAAAGACCACGUCGUGUUGCUUUGGUGGCGAUAACUACGACGAGCUGUACGUCACCUCUGCCUGGAAGGGACUGACGCCGGACCAGCUCCGCGCUGAACCCCUGGCGGGAUCAGUCUUCAAGGUCACCUGUCUGGGAGCCAAGGGUUUCGAGGCGCACGCCUUCAAUCGCUAAGCCAGCAUGCGCACAAGAUUUGAAAUCCGAAAGAGAUAUUCUUAGGAUAAGGACUGAGUGAUCAGCCCAAAUAAAUACUUCACGUCUUGGUAA